UUGCCAGGGCUGAUUUGUUCCCAAGACAAAGGAGGUUGGUUUUGUGGCCGUUGUGUAACUAUUUCUUAAGAUGAGUGCGCAUACACUCGGGAAAGUUGUGCAUAGUUAAGGGAUGGAUACCAUUUGCUAAAAGAACAUGGGUUUCUCAGGGGUGUGUUUUCUCUAUGUACUGGCUUCUGCCUGUCGGAUUAUUGGCGUAAAUGCGGAUAAGAAGACGAAAACUGAAGAGGUAUGUCCCGGCAACAACUGGGCCCAGCUAGAUUCGACGUGCUACUAUUAUCUGUCGUCGACGAAGACGUGGAACGCUGCCGAGAAGGACUGCGAAACCCGGGGCGGUACACUGCUCAUAUUCAAGGAACAGAGCGAAGUGGCCAAGGUUUUUAAACAGAUCAAAACAAUUGCCCAAAACAUAGAUUCUGUGCCGCUUUUCUGGAUGGGUGUGCACAAUCAGGAUGAUGACCGCGUCUUCCGGUAUGCAGACGGAAGUGACGUCACAAAGUCCAACUGGAAGAAGAUGCUGAAUGAAGCUUCGGGAUCAGGGCGCUGUCUGGCGCUCAAGUCCAGCCAGAGCGGCAGCAGCAGCAAAAGCUGGGCUUUGACUGACUGCAAACAAACAUUGCCUUAUGUCUGCGAAAUACAACUAUCUGUGGCUCGAUGGUCCGGCUGGAGUCAGUGGACUGACUGUUCUGUGUCCUGUGGGGAGGGAUCUAGAACCAGAACUCGGACCUGCCUCCGCGCUACUGAGGCUUCAGGGGAGUGUGUUGGGGAGGCUGUCAAGACAGAGGUGUGCUCUAACACGUGCAAAUUGCCUGCUGUGUGGGGCGAGUGGAGCAGCUGGGGUGCCUGUAGCAAGACAUGUGGGACGGGGCAGAUGAAGAGGACCAGGAGCUGUCUCAACUCGCAGGACGUCAGUGAAUGUGUUGGGGAACCCGAAGAGACCGGAGAGUGCUCAACAGAAGCUUGUCCUGUCUGGAGUGAAUGGACCGAAUGCAGUGUGACCUGUGGUGGAGGUGAAAGGUCAAGGACAAUUUCAUGUUCUGGUGGAAAAUCAUGUAAAGACGGUUCUUCUGGACAGACUGAAGUCUGUGGGGAGGCCACAUGUCCAGCCUGGAGUGACUGGCAGUCAUGGAGUACAUGCAGUGUCACGUGUGGCCAAGGUGAAAGGUCAAGAUCACGGAAAUGCAGCAAAGGUGACACCUGUCCAGGGGAGAGCAGUGAGAAAGAAGAAUGUCGAGAGGUGGAUUGUGCAGUUUGGAGUGAAUGGAGCACAUGUAGUGUGACCUGUGGUCGAGGUGAAAGGUCAAGGACAAGUUCAUGUAAAGGGAAAAAAUGUAAAGACGGGGCUUCUCAGCAGACGGAAGAGUGUAUGGAGACCACGUGUCCAGUGUGGACUCGAUGGGGAGAAUGGGGUCCUUGCAGCCAAACAUGUGACACCGGUACGAGGUCAAGGUCAAGGUCGUGCCCUGUUGUAGGUGGAUGUCGAGGAGAAUCAACGGAAACCAACAAUUGCAAAAUCACGGAUUGUCCAACCUGGGCUAAGUGGAGCUCGUGGAGUACGUGCAGCGUCACGUGUGGCCAAGGUGAAAGGUCAAGAUCACGGGAAUGCAGCAAAGGUGACACCUGUCCAGGGGAGAGCAGUGAGAAAGAAGAAUGUCGAGAGGUGGAUUGUGCAGUUUGGAGUGAAUGGAGCGCAUGUAGUGUGACCUGUGGUCGAGGUGAAAGGUCAAGGACAAGUUCAUGUAAAGGGAAAAAAUGUAAAGACGGGGCUUCUCAGCAGACGGAAGAGUGUAUGGAGACCACGUGUCCAGUGUGGACUCGAUGGGGAGAAUGGGGUCCUUGCAGCCAAACAUGUGACACCGGUACGAGGUCAAGGUCAAGGUCGUGCCCUGUUGUAGGUGGAUGUCGAGGAGAAUCAACGGAAACCAACAAUUGCAAAAUCACGGAUUGUCCAACCUGGGCUAAGUGGAGCUCGUGGAGUACGUGCAGCGUCACGUGUGGCCAAGGUGAAAGGUCAAGAUCACGGGAAUGCAGCAAAGGUGACACCUGUCCAGGGGAGAGCAGUGAGAAAGAAGAAUGUCGAGAGGUGGAUUGUGCAGUGUGGACUCGAUGGGGAGAAUGGGGUCCUUGCAGCCAAACAUGUGACACCGGUACGAGGUCAAGGUCAAGGUCGUGUCCUGUUAGUGGGGUAAUUGGCAAUCAUGGAGUGCAUGCAGCGUCUCAUGUGGUGUCGGUCAAAGGUCAAGGUCUCGAAAAUGCAGCAAAGGUGACAUCUGCAAAGGGGAGAGCGGUGAGACAGGAGAAUGUCGACAGGUGGAUUGUGCAGACUGGAGAGGCUGGGGUGCCUGGACCCUCUGCAGCGAAACCUGUGGGGAGGGUCAGAGGUCAAGGUCACGGGAAUGUUCUGGUCGAAAAUGCAGUGGAAGCAGUUCCCAGACAGAAAGUUGCAAAGUUCAAGAUUGCUCCAGAGUUGGGCAAAUGGGGCGACUGGACCGACUGCAGCGUCACGUGUGGAAAGGGCAAGGUCACAAGGUCAAGGCCAUGUAGUGGACUGGAGAAAUGUGGACAUGACACGUUACAAACCAAGUCUUGCAACAAACCCAAAUGCAGAGAAAAAGACCACUGGACAAAAUGGGAUCUGUGGAGUGCGUGUUCGGUGACGUGCGGUGUCGGCAGGAGUACUCGACAGCGUCAAUGCGUCAACGCCGAUGGCGACAUAGUCAACACGUGCAGGGGAUCCGACACCGAGUCUAGACAGUGCCUGGCUCCUUGCAAUGACGUGGCCAUUGUGCAGAAACUGCUGCGGGAUUGUCCUCCGGACCAGGUCGCAGGUUUGAAAAAAAUUCAGGAGAAAGUGUCCAACAAAAAGAAGAAGGAAGACAUAUUCAACGGCCAGGACACUGAGGACUGGGUGAUUGAGGGGUACGAAAUUGAGGAAGUGAUUGUGGAUCGGCCUUUGACCUGCGCGCAUAAAUGUCUCCUAACGGGAUCCUGUCGAUCUUUUAAUUACGAGUAUUUGUUGACGGAUGGAAAGAAUGACCUGAGUGUUCCCAAACGCUGUAUGUUGAACAGUGUGAACAAAGACUACGACAGAAAAGCUCUCAAGGAAAAGGAAGGAUACAAACUGUUUGAUCUGGAGCCAUUCUUUAUAUGAACGCAGCUGCGUUUGUUGUUUUACGCCGCAGAGAUAUUCCAGCAUUUCGCAGCGGAUUGUGGAUAUAAACCCAGUGUUCGAUAGCAUGAUCAACAUUAUACACCGGACUGUGACCUAAUCACCCAGCAGCCUGAUCCACAAAGCAUUCUUAACUUUACGACGUGUCGUAACUCUAUAGUUUAUCAUAGCGCUACGAACGUUUUGGGAUCGGGACCUAGGUCUGACAUCACCCUAUCCUCGUUGUAGAGGGUUCUUCCUACAAUCUCGUGGUAUUUGGGGAUCCAAGCGGUGGGGUAGCCUUGUGGUUAAG